AUGACUGGGAAAAGAAAGAGGAAGCGGCCCAGUAGCGGAGGUGAAGGCCAGUGCAACAGCCAGGAAGUGCAGAAGGGCAAUGGUGACCCAGUCGUUAAACAAGCCUUGCUUGUUCAAUUCUAUCCCCAGGUAUUGACUCUGCGCGACUAUCUACUUUCAAAGUUACCCAGCACCUCCAAAGUCAGGAGGAAGAAAAUAUCAUCCCUUGGAUAUGAAAAGAACUCGCAAAUACGGCCAGCAAAUGAGGCCCUGUCCGCAUUCCUUGACGGGACAUUGGUUGGGGUAUCGGUCUCCAACAACGACUCUGGCGAUGAGAGAUGGCGGCAAUGGACAACCUUCUCGCAAAAGGCUGAUGAAUCCACGUCCAUGUUUGCGGAUCUGAGCUCAGUGGGGAGUUACUCCCAGUCUGAGAUCGUCGAUUUUGCAAUAUGGCUGCUGUUUUCGAAGAACCAGGCAUCAAAUGGCAGGCUUAAUCACCUGUUAUGUCAAGGCUUUCGAAGGGAUGUCAGCUCUCGUAUGGUAAUCCGGGAGGAAAACCCGCACGCAGCCAUUCCAGGUGUAGUGUCGACUUACCCCAAUAGUCAUGUAACUUCGAUGAAAAGGGCCCCAUGGCCGCAAGUUCUUGCUCUCGUAGGGAAGGAAGGUGAAAGGGCGAUGAUCGACUUGAUCUUGGAUUGUGGUGUUUUCCUGGAAGUCGCCAGUGGACGUGGAGUCUAUCAUCAGUUGUGUGGAGUCCCGCUGAAUGAUCUUCAAACUUUACCUAUGAGUAUUGGAAAACUCUCUGCGGACUUAUCCAGCCUUGUAAAGAAGCGUAAGCAUGUUGGCGUCGUCGACAGAUGUUUAUCGAGCAUCGUCUUCGUCCGUAGCCGUAUGCUUUAUGCUCGGGCUCCUUCGAACGCACAAGGGCGUGUCCAAUUUGGACUUAAACACAUACAUGUGCUCAACCGUUAUCCUCUCAAAGCAAGGGGUUCGAGUGGCCCUGAUACGGCUGGCAAACUUCUGCCUCCGGAGGGCCACAGCUCCAUUGCAACAAGCACUAUUUAUACUAUGAUGUAUUUAUUUCCACGACAGUUUGGUCUUCAUAAUGUCUUCACCAGUCAAACAGAUGCCCGUCAAACAGUCCAAGCAUAUAUGGACUACACCCUGCGCGAAGACGAGAUCAAUGCUAAAUACCCCUCACCAACCACACCAAAAAUUCCCAAAAGACUUCGCGGGCGGGCAAUAGAUUUGGCGCGGAAAUUACAGAUCCAGCAUAGCCGGUGCUCGUAUAAGCAGUUGAUUGAACAUUACUGCCCAGUUUCCGGGGGUGGAUCUAAUUUUGUAAUUCCACAACCGGACUCCCAGGAAAUAAGUGAAGUCUCUGCUGUAUUUAAGACGCAGGAUUCUAUCUCUACCGCCCCGCAGCUCACAAACUCACCCGGAAUGAAGGCUGUAAUACCUGGCAAACAGCUAUCUAUGAUGCUUCAUGCAACUCCCCAGGCGAUGGUAUCAGCAUUUUGCCGCGCAGUUCUCACAAGGCUUAUCCCUAAGGAAUUUUGGGGAACUGGACAAGUGCAGGCGCACAAUGAGAAGAUAUUUUCCCACAAUGUCCACCGAUUUAUUGAACUUCGCAGGUUUGAGAACCUAACCCUUCACGAGCUGUCACAAGGCCUUCAAAUCUCAACCAUAGAAUGGCUAGAGCCUCCCAAUUGCGCUGGAAACAAGCUUGCGAAGUCGGACCUGAACAAGCGGAUGGAGAUAUUCCACGAGUUCCUCUACUACAUCUUCGACUCCAUUCUCAUCCCCCUCAUCCGGACCAAUUUCCAUGUCACAGAAUCCAACAUCCACAAAUAUCGUCUCUUCUAUUUCCGCCACGACGUUUGGCGCACGCUAGCUGAGCCCGCCAUUGCAGCAUUAAAACUUACCAUGUUUGAGGAGAUGAAACUAGAGCGGGCCCACAGAUUGCUAGAAUCGCGACCAUUGGGCUUCAGCCAGCUGAGGCUACUUCCUAAAGAGACUGGCCUGCGGCCGAUCAUGAAUCUAAGACGAAGAACGAUCAAAAGGGGUUCGAAAAACUUCCUUGGAAGCAGCAUCAACUCUAUACUUGCUCCGGUCUUUAACGCCUUUACAUACGAAAAGACGAGAAAUCCGGAUCGACUUGGAGCAACGCUCGCAUCAGUCGGAGAUAUAUACGAAAAACUCAAAUUAUUUAAGCUACGGCAUACUACCUCGUCAAUGCCCUUCUAUUUCGUCAAGGUCGAUGUUAAAGCGGCAUUUGACACUAUACCACAAGCAGCGGUAGUCAACUUGAUGUCGUCUCUUCUAUCAGAGUCGGAGUAUCGCAUUUCGAAACAUGUGGAGAUCAAGCCAGGGGAGAAUUUCCGGGAAGACCUGCUUGGUCGUGAAAGGACGAAACCAAUACGGAGAUGGGUGGCUACUGCAAAAAAAGGUACUAAUUUCCAGAGCUUCGAAGCAGCCCUCGAGACCGACCUUGCUGUGAAAAAGAAGCAUAUGAUUUUUGUCGAGAAUAUCGUAGGCAAGUUCCGAGACAGGGAGGAAUUGCUCGAUCUUUUGGCCGAACAUGUGCAACGGAACAUGGUCAAGAUCGGGAAGAAGUUUUACCGACAGAAAGAAGGAAUUCCUCAGGGAUCGGUGCUUUCAUCCCUAUUGUGCAAUUACUUCUAUGGAGAUCUGGAGGCGCAACACCUUGGAUUCCUCGACCCGGAACAGAGUCUACUGCUACGAUAUAUCGACGAUUUCCUACUCGUUACUACUAACAAGUCUCACGCAAAGCAGUUUCUCCAAAUCAUGCACGACGGUUUGCCCGCCUACGGUGUGCGUGUCAAUCCAGAUAAAACACUGCUCAACUUUGAAGCCACAAUCAACAACAAGAAAGUUGCAAGACUCGUUGGGACCAGCGAUUUUCCAUACUGCGGAAGUUUCAUCAACACUCGGACGCUGAAUGUAACACGAGACAGAGAGAGGCGGAAGGAUCUAGAUACUGUUGAUUCUCUGACCGUUGAAUUUUCGAAAAACCCAGGAAAGAACUUCCAUCGGAAGGUGUUAAACGCAUUUAAAAUCCAAGGCCACGCCAUGUUUCUCGAUACAUCAUUUAAUUCCGUCCAAACGGUUAUCUCAAACGUGCAUUCGGCGUUCGUCGAGACAGCAUCUAAAAUGUGGAUAUAUGCCCGUUGUCUCCCAGUCCGAAAACAGCCAGGGACGAAUCUGUUGAUCAAAACCAUCUCGGAUCUAAUCGAUCUAGCCUUCGCAUUGAUGAAGAGCAAAUCGAAGAAUUCAAAAAAUAUCGGGUAUAAGUGCGCUUUGACGAAGGUGCAGGUCGAAUGGCUUGCGGUUAACGCAUUCCGGGAUGUGCUGAGAAAGCGCCAGACUAAAUAUAGAAAGACGCUUGAGUGGCUUGAUAGACGGGUGGCGAUGUUAAGAGUAAAGGAGGGAAGAGCUUGUGACCGAAUGAGCGGAAUAGUUUUAGCAAAAGCUGCCUUGCUCCUCGAUACUAGUCCCAUUAGGUCAUUGAUCGACAAAUGUACUGUAGACUACAGGUGGAGUCCUACUACUGGACUAACUUAUAACCUUUGCCCCAACUUCUUGAGCGCCCCUCCACUAAAGCUGAGCCACGAUCCUUCAUCGCCCUUUGUUGGCUGUGGCUGCUUGCAGAGACCCGUAGGCCAGGAACCAUUGGAACUAAACUACCAAGUUCCAGCUCACCUUCAUCCAUCAGUGAUCACGAUCGUGGCCGGGCACGACGGCCUCGGCAUUGUCGGAGGCCGGAAGACUGGCACGCUAAUGGCCAACUCCAUUCAACCCGUCAGCGAAAACCUGGAAAUGAUUAUUAGAGCCUACUUGGCUGAUAACAAGCGUGGUUGA